CACAGCCCAGAGGCUUGUGAAUGUGCUGCAUGGUGGAGCAGGAGGAACUGUCUGCUGCUGCUGCUGCUACUACUGAGGCUUCUCGUUGUCUGCAGGAGAAUGGACUGCUAACUCCCUGAUCAGCCUUGCAUCUGUUGAAAACUACACACCAUCAUGGGGAAACAGAACAGCAAGCUGCGUCCUGAGGUCAUGCAGGACUUACUAGAAAGCACAGACUUUACAGAACAUGAGAUCCAGGAGUGGUACAAAGGCUUCUUGAGAGACUGUCCAAGUGGACAUUUAACAAUGGAGGAGUUUAAGAAAAUAUAUGGGAAUUUUUUCCCUUAUGGGGACGCUUCUAAAUUUGCAGAACAUGUAUUCCGUACCUUUGAUGCUAAUGGUGAUGGGACAAUUGAUUUUAGAGAAUUUAUCAUAGCUUUGAGCGUGACGUCCAGAGGAAAGCUGGAACAGAAGCUGAAGUGGGCGUUCAGCAUGUAUGACCUCGAUGGAAAUGGCUACAUCAGCAAAUCGGAAAUGUUGGAAAUAGUACAGGCAAUCUACAAGAUGGUUUCAUCAGUAAUGAAAAUGCCAGAGGAUGAGUCAACGCCUGAAAAAAGGACGGAAAAAAUCUUUCGGCAAAUGGAUACGAACCGAGAUGGAAAACUUUCACUGGAGGAAUUUAUCCGAGGGGCAAAGAGUGAUCCGUCAAUAGUCCGCCUACUUCAGUGUGACCCAAGCAGUGCCGGACAAUUCUGAACAUUUUAUUUUUGGAUUAAACCCGUAAAAAAAAAAAAAAAAAAAUUGUUUUUAAUUUUUGCCAAAAUUAAAUUUGUUGUGGUGUUGACACAUUAUGGCCAAACAUAUCUACUUCCUUCUAUGAUAUCUUUGUUGUGGAUGACAAAGAAUGGAGAAUGUUGUCCCAAUUGGGCGAAGGACAUUUUCUGUACUACCGCUCCGGGUAUCCUUGCCAUAAAUGGAUAACAGACGUUCCACCACAACUCAAGGACUUUUUAUAGAGCUGACAAACAAAUUUCAGAUGGCUGUGGUUAAAAUCUGGCCUACUUAGUUAAGUAACAUCUUAGUUGUUUUAGCCAAUAUUUGCAGACAGAAGUAUGUGAUAAUCUACAUUAGUGGUCUCCAACACGUGGCUUUCCAAAGCCUAGGAGUUGUACUUUGGAGAGAUGGAGAACUAUGAGUUGGAGGCCACUGAUCUACGUACAUUAGAAAUUGACCUACAUAGGUGAGUGCCACAAACAUUGUUCAGUUUCUUCAACUUAGACACAAAAAAAAGCCCUAUUCCCAGUGGAGGCAACCAUUCUUGGGCUAAAUCAUUACUCUUGAGUCCAUAGAUCCUAACUUAUAUAAGCUUUAUUCUCAUAAGGAUCAGUUCUUCAAAUGGUUGCAAACACUCUGUAGUUAAAGGGUUCAUUGUCAGAUCAGAAUGUUAUGCAAUAACUGCAAUAAAAAUAUGGAGGUUGCAUUCUUUGCACAAUUUGGCACAAGCUGGCUGCACAAGAGAGCUGCAAAUUUGGGAUACGACUCAUUAGUAGAUUCCGACUAUUUGAAUUGCACUCAGCUGCAUUGCUGAUGUACUUCAAUGGCAAGACUGGAUGUGUGUUUUUAUCUUGUAUUGGAGUAUAGCAUGAUGUUUCUUGUCAUUUCAUUUAUAAUAUUACAAAUUGAAUGAUUCAUCAACCACCAAUUUGUUCGUUUCUAGGAAUAAUUACACUAAGGGCCCCUUUUCACACGAGGGGCUCUUGGAGGAAACUCUACCGAGGAAGGCCACCUUGAUACUUUCCACUAAAAAGGUACCAGUGGAUAUAAAGGUGGCUUCAGAAAAACGAUAGUCUGGGUGAGUCCUAACAGAUGGCCAUUUGAGAGAAACCUAACAAGUAGUAAAAAGUAACCCUAGUCAUAGUCUCCUUCUUGCUCUCCCAUCCAUAUUCUUAUCCUGUGUGCACCAGUGUAGUUUUUUAUACU